AUGUCUGGUCGCGGCAAGGGUGGUAAAGGUUUGGGAAAGGGUGGCGCCAAGCGUCAUCGCAAGGUCUUGCGUGAUAACAUCCAGGGUAUCACCAAGCCUGCCAUCCGUCGUCUUGCUCGUAGGGGAGGUGUCAAGCGUAUCUCCGGUCUGAUCUAUGAAGAGGUCCGUGGUGUACUCAAGGUCUUCCUUGAGAACGUCAUCAGGGACUCCGUCACCUACACCGAGCACGCCCGCAGGAAGACUGUGACUGCUAUGGACAUCGUUUACUCCCUCAAGAGGCAGGGCCGUACCCUUUACGGUUUCGGUGGUUAG